AUGUUCGACUGGGAGAGCACGAAUGUCAACAAGGCCAUCACGAACGACACAUGGAUCGAAGAACUCCAAAACCUAGACGAAGAGACACCACUAGCGCUGAUAGAUCAGUUUUUAGAGAUACCCCGGCACUCGGAACGGUGGUUUUCUCAAGCACGAGUCAUCGAAUCCAUAUGCUCAGAUGCAACCCUAUCGGCUCUUCGAACUAGGACUACGAAGGCCUCAUCGGAGUUAGCAGUAUGGAUAGAUGACCGAAACACAAAAGGGCAGCCACGUGAAUACAACGGACCCCUACCACUAUUAGAGUGGGUCGAAAAACUAAAGUUGCGAAGAUUCGGUGACGACGACCACAUAGAUGCGGAUGUUAGGCGCAUACAAAUCCCAAACCCUACUUCGUUGACGGUUGGCGUUCUCAUCCUCAGUGCAUCCAAAUAUCAGAAGCCUGUAAUCAGGGACCUGCUCUGGAGACACCUUGGUGGCCACGCAUCUUUCCAGUCACACUUCGGUGGUGGGAGGUUCUUCGUUUUGGAAUUUCACCUUCCAUUCUUUGUUUGGAGGGACACUCAAGAAGCUCGGAAGGACACGCGUCAAAAAGGCGAUGGUUCGCCUUUGAGACAUUCAACAAACUUGGCGUUCCUGUCAAAGCCUGAUCCAUCAUCUGGCUAUGAGAUAAAACAAGAUUUCCUGCACGAGGCUCAGUUCUCCCAUGUAACUACGGGCUGUAACAACUCGAUGUGGACUUCAUGUUCCCUCUCAGAUACCUAUUUCUAUGAUGACCAGGAGGAUCCUGAGAAUCCAGACUUGCUAGCAUACUAUGAAGAUGAGGACGAAACAUGCGAUAUGCCUACAAUGGGGGUGUUUGAUACCGAAUACCCGGUGUUGGAUCCAAGGGAGUACCAUUUGAUCGGCUUGAAAACACGUCUGGGACAAGUAGCCGAUGAGUGGGAUAACAUUGUCGCGAGAUUGAAGUAUAAAAUCAGAUCCCAUGUAAGUACUGCUGCUGCUGCCUUGGUACCUUCUCUGGUGAGCCCUCUCAUGGGGUUUUACGGACUUGGGGGAUCUAAUUUGAUUUGUAGCUUCAACCACCCAUGCCGAUAA